CGUCUCAGUCCCGCUCAGCCGUCGCGCCACGACGACGCCCGCUAGUCGCGAACCUCCGCUCGAUCCGAACGCUCGCUGCACCGACUCCGCGCGCGGCGAAAAUAGUGAGCUCGGUCGUUCGCCGGGAGCGAAGAGGCCGAUACGAAAUUCUAGUGCGAGCAGUGCAGCGUUAUGCUGCCCGCCGUGCUGGUGCUGGCGCUGGCGGCGCUGGCUCCGCCGGCCGCCGCGCGCCGACACGCGCCCGACCUGCGCGAGGACGAGCCCGCCCGCCGCACCACGAGACCAGCCGAAUGCCAGUUCGGCAAGCAAGCCAAGGAGCUAGGCUCCAAAUGGUUCGCAGACCUCGGCCCGCCUUUCGGAGUUAUGUACUGCAUCCAAUGUGAGUGUGUUUCGGUUCAAAAGAAACGUCGCGUAAUGGCAAAAGUGCAUUGUCGCAAUAUCAAGAACGAAUGUCCGGAGCCGUCUUGUGACACCCCCGUGCUGCUGCCUGGCCGGUGCUGUAAAACUUGUCCAGGGGAUGACACACCCGAGGAUAGCCCGAUGGUUGUUAUGGGUCCUGAGGAAGACGAACUAAGUAUGAAACAUUUUGGUGCACUUUUGACGGGUCGGUCUCCGCUGUGUAUUCGCCGCGAUGACAUGACCGGAGUGCCAGUGGCUCCAGGGGUGGCCACAGCUCGUUUCACUUUCCGACGGCGCCACCUGUAUUGGUCGGUGAUCUUGGGGCCUUCGAUGACACCCCCAAGGGCUCUAUCCUUUUUGGACAGAGGGGAGAGAUUAUUGCUUGAGCAUCCUUUGAAGAAGGCAAAAGGGGUCCAUGCGACAUACGAAGAAAAAACUGAUAAAUUGUGCGGCGUUUGGCGCAGAGUGCCUCGCGAGUACAAACGGUUGCUACGCGAGGGCUCCUUAUACGUGGCUUUGAUAUGGGGUGAUGAAAAGAACAACUCUAUGGAGAGUACCUUGAGCGGCCGCAUUAACAGGUAUCCGGCAUUAUCUACGGAAAUGUUCACGUCACUCCUGGAACCCGAACAACCACCUUCUGUUUUCGAAAACGGAGCUUGUGACGACGUUCGAAUGCCUGGCCAAGAACCGGGCUGGUGGGGUGGAACCGCAGUGGUAACUGGGGCCGCGGGAGCGGCACCCAGCUUACACCUAGCUCUUAUUUACAAUGGAAUCUUUCCACCAACCGGCAAAGAUCAUGCCGUCAGAGUGAUGCUCACAUUGCCGGAUAAAAAUCAGACGAUUAUAGACGAGAUCCAACCUGUGCCUAAACCAAGCUAUGAGAUAAACGUCCUCGAAGUGUCUACUCCGGUAUCAGCAGCAGAGCUCCGCUCACUUUCAAGGGGCCGUCUACUUCUGACUGUGGAAGCAGAAGGAGCUCCUGAGCGCCGCAUUUCAGGAAGCGUCAGGCAAAGGGCUGCCUGCGAGGUGUUCCAUUCCCCACUGCUAGCAGAAAGAGCACCUGCCUCAAUUGCUCCUGAAGGCAUGGCUGUGUUGUACAUUGAUAAGGAGGGAUCGCUUGUGUAUGACAUAGAGGUCGAAAAUUUGGGUAUCACUGAUCCAAAGAUUACUCUAGUCGAAGAGCAAGGAAAACGUCAUUCUCAAGUUGAAAUUCUGGACACAAGAAUGGGAGUUCUGGCUCGACCCAGCGCUCGCAUUUUUCCACCAUUAUACGAAGAUCAGUUGGCGGUCCAUAUUGGAGCUGAUGUUGGUCCCCCUAUCCUCCGCGGUCGCCUGACGUCCCGGCCGCUGCCAGACGCCGCAGGCGAGGGUCCUGCACUGCUCCGCCGAACCGACGCACGCGCACCCGUCUCCGCUACCCCCGUCGCUGGUCUUGCCUGGCUGUCGGUUGAUGCUCUUUGUGGAAUUCAUUAUGAGGUGGUAGUAACCAGCAAUCCGGGCGUGUGGUCGGCGUUCCUCGAGACCCACGCGGCGUCGGGUGCAAACUCACGAAUGCUAGCCGGCAUGGAGGGCUGCGUGCUGGAGCCCCACCCUGCAGAGCUGGCAGCCUUGUACGCUGGAGCUGCCUACCUGGACUUAAGGGCGCCGGAUAACGACACUGCCUUAUUGCGCACGCGGUUACCACAGAUAAGCGUGCCCCAGUCGUGUCUGCCAUCGCUGUCGUGGCCGACAGACAACGCGCUGAGUGCCAAUUACCCCCCGGAGCAGACGAACUCGCUGCCGCCAGACAACUCGUUGCCGAACACUGCCUCGUGCUAUUACAAUGGAAGAUUUUAUGAAGACGGUGCCCAAUGGAUGUCGGCUGAGUCAUGCAACAUGUGCGGUUGCGAGCAUGGUGUCCUUCGCUGCGAUCCAGUCAGGUGUCCACCGGUUAACUGCGCCGUGCCAACUAUCCAGCCUCCGGGACAAUGCUGCCCUAUUUGCACCAAUUCAACCACAGCAGUAUGGAACGAGUCUCACGGCUGCCAUUUAGCCGGGCAGUACCACGCGCCCGGCUCCUCGUGGCACCCGUACUUGGUGCCGGGCGGCUACGACACGUGCGCGGUGUGUACGUGCGAGUUUCCGACGCGGCAGGUGAAGUGCCCGCGCGUGCGGUGCCCGCCGCUCAAGUGCUCGGACAAGGAGGCGUACAGGCCGGACAAGAAGGCGUGCUGUCGGGUGUGUCCUGAGAAAAAACCUGAAGACGAAUCGCUCAUCAAAGAUCAAGAAGGUGAACCGAAGACUGCGGAAGAAAUCCUGGCUGAGGGAGGAUGCAAAUUCCCCUACGGACCGCUGCCUAAUGGCAAGGAGGUGCACCCCAACAUACACUCGCACGGCGAGCAGCGAUGCGUCACGUGUCGCUGCAAGGAUGGCGAGGUGACGUGUGUGAAGAAACGGUGUGGGCGCGGCGCGUGCUUGCGGCGGCGGCGGGGCGACACGUGCUGCGCGUGCCCGCGCCACCGCCGGCAGCGGGCGCCGCGCCUGGCACGCCCGCCGCCGCCGCCGCCGAGCUGAGCGGCCGGCCGACCCCAGACCGACCACCCUGCUAUGUUAACAUCUGCGGCUAGCGGGACUUAACACUGCACCGACACGGCGAGCCGACCGGCGGGUGUUGACAUAACACGGGUGCCCGGGGCCCCGACGUCGGACCCGGUCCCCGGACGGCUCGUAGGCUAAGUGAGUGAACGCUUCGCUCUAUAGACUGAUAUAUUUUAUGUACUCGUGCGAUUCGAAUGUCUAGUUGUAGCCGGCGGUCGCGCCGCGACCGCGAUGGCCCGGGAUUCCGAUCGACGGACGAAUUUUAGCUUUACUGUGUAUUAUUCGGCGAUGAAUAUUUACUUACCCACCGGUAUUUUAAUUGGUAUUAUGAUGUCACGAAAUUUUAUAGGCGCAUUACACGCUGACCCGACAAUAAACACGUUUAGAGUAUUAGAGCUCGCGCCCGGGAGUGAGAGAAGGCGAGCGGUUGAUAUCGUUGAAGAUGUGCCAUAUUCUCUUAAUGUAAAUAUAAAUUAUUAUUUUUUACUUUACUCAUGUGCAUAUUUAUUUACGAUUGUAACGUGUAUGUGCGUCACGCACGCUUAGGUAUUCGUAUUUGAACCAUCACAAGCUAUCAUUGGAUUGGUCGCCUGAUUUGUGCAUUUGCUUUUAGUUUUAUGUCAGUACAGUUAACUAAUUUAAUUUGUAGUCCUCUGUGGAAACUUGUCUGAAGGUGCUUUUCAUUUAAGUCGUUACAGCAAAGAUGAGUAUUUAUAUUAUCGACUGAAAAACAGUCAUUUAUUUCAUAGCCUAUAAAACAAAGUGUUAUUCCUGGUCUCGACUGGUAAAGCACCAUGCCACAUUAGCGUUUAUUGACGUGUUUAUGGCAUUAUGAUGAGUUUGCACAGUGGACUACAGGUCAAUUUUGAUUGAGUGUACGUAUGCCAGUGCGUGAAAUCGAGUCACAUACGGACUCCUCAAGCGACAGAUAUUGUUAUUCAUUCAUUAUAAGUAAUUAUGUCACGUAGGUUAUAAAUAGGUGCAGAUAAGUUGUGGCGACCGACGACUCGUCGUCGGAAUGUGAAUGUGUAAAUAAUUUAGGUAUCACUUUACGUUAAUGUUUAAUUGCUACAUAGUAAUUAACGUUUUGCAUUGUAUAUUACUUUAUACUGAUUACAUACGGAUUGUACUGCUACGGUUCAAUAAGUAGGUAGCGACUAGUUUGAUUAAUUACUAGGUUAACGAUUAGUUACGUAAUUAAGGAAGCUAGUCCAAAUGUUCGAAGGAGGAAGCCAGGUAGCCAGGAACCAUUUUGAGAGAUCAUUUUACAAUUCAUUAUAAGUUACUUAAGUAAUACAUUUAACUUAAGGAUUUUAAAAAAUUAGCCAUAAAGAACAAAAUUCACGUUAUUGUGGGUUCUAGUCCAUCAAAAUAUGUAUUUGAUUUUGUGAUUACAUUUUAUGUUACGGCUAUUUGUGGAAGUCAUAUGGAUAUUACUCAAUAACAAAGGCACAAGGAGUUCUCUUGAUUUAAUUUUUGUUUAAUCUAACAAUAGGAAAGUAGCACUAUGGCUUGCGAAUAACAUAAACUAAUGGCCAUAGAGGAUACUAUGAAUUCGCUUGUACUGCAAUGUUUUAUUAUUUAACUAUUAUUAUAAUUAUCUAUGUCAUCUAUUGGAUGGCGAACGACGUAAACUCGUAUCUCUGUCAUAUAAAUAUGUAGGUACCGUCGCCAUUAGAUAUAUUGGAAUGGCCAAGGUGCUGCAAAAAUAUAUCAGAAUAAUUUAUUGGUGAACAUUGGCGCGCUCCAAUAUCUGAUGGCGAGUUUGCCCAUACGGAGAGGACUUCAAACACUGAACCAAAUUUUGAUCAACCAUUUCGUUAUACCUUCACAUGUUUUAUUUUAUUGUCUUCCUAAAUUUGCAUAUCGUGAGUUGUUUACACUCGAUUAAUAGUUUGUAUACAGUACGGUUAAAGAAAUAAAAUUAUCUGUGAACACUACAA